CGCGGGACUUUCUGCGUAGCCUAUGAGCUACGGGUGUUGAGCACUUGAGCUUGUGGAAAUUUUAGAAGCUUUAACUGUAGCUCUCUUUUAGUCUGUUAUCUCUUAGCUACGAACUCAGAAAUCUUUGUGAGUCUCCAAUGUCACUCCAUUCUUUUCUCACUCUCCCCCCAUUUUCUCUCUCCUCUCCUUCAUUCUUCCCUCACACCACUUCUUCUUCUUCUCCCCAUUUCCCAAAACCCCUUCUUCUCCGCCAUUCUCUCUCCUCUCUCCGCACUAAACCUCCUUCCGCCGCCGUCAAUUCCUACCCAGACCCGUCCUCCGACGACCCACCUGAAGCUCCAGAAGACACCGCACAUGGCGUCUCUAAAUUCCGUCAAAUCCAACGCCAAGCUGCGCGCGCACGCAAGCUCGAAGAAGAGGACUUCGAGAAGAACCGUUCUGUUUUUCUCGACGCCAUUAAAGACGUCGAGGAUGCUCCUGAUAACGAGGAUUAUUCAACUGGAGUUAGCAAUUCUGGGGAUGAUUUAUUUGGGGAUAUUGAUAAGGCAAUUGCCCAGAAAAGGAAGGAGUUUGUCAAGCAAGGGUUGUUGAAACCCAACCCACCCAAAAAAAUUGGGGUUGAGCUUCAAGAAGAGGUUGGAGGUGGUGAGUUGCAGCCUGAAGAAGUUGUUGAUUUGGAGGAGAUUGAUGAAUUGCAGGGUUUAAGGGCUGUGGAUGAAGGCGAAGGCGAAGAUGGUGAAGGUUCAGAGGUGGAAGAUUAUGUUGAUGAGAGUGAUGAGGUAAGUGAAUUGAGUAAGAAUGGUUCUAGUUUGUUUGAUGAUUCAUUUGAUAUUAAUUUUGAUAGUUUUGGUAAUAAUAGUAAAGUUAGAAUUGUGGAACCUAAGUUUAGAAUGACAUUAGCUGAGCUUUUAGAUGAGUGUAAGGUAGUGCCGAUUUCGGUUUAUGGAAAUUUAGAGGUUGAGAUUAGUGGGAUUGAGCAUGAUUCGAGGUUGGUUAAUGCUGGGGAUUUGUUUGUGUGUUGUGUUGGAAGUGAGAGUGAAAAUGAUGGACAUUUGUAUUUAAGUGAGGCUGAUAAAAGAGGUGCUGUAGCUGUUGUUGCUAGCAAGGAGAUUGAUAUUGAGGAGACUUUAGGUUGUAAAGCUUUGGUGCUUGUGGAGGAUACUAAUGCUGCUCUUCCUGCGCUAGCUGCAGCUUUUUUUAGGUGCCCGACGAAGAAUAUGUCGGUCAUAGGGAUUACGGGUACUCAUGGGAAAACUACUACAGCUUAUUUGAUCAGGACUAUGUAUGAAGCCAUGGGGUUGAGGACUGGGAUGAUGAGCUCGGUUGCAUAUUAUGUACAUGGUGAUAACAAGUUGGAGUCCCCUGAAGCAAACCCAGAUGCUGUUUUGGUGCAGAAGUUAAUGGCUAAGAUGCUUCAUAAUGGGACUGAAGCGGUUGUUAUGGAGGCCUCUUCUAAUGAGCUGGUUCAUGGGCGUUGUGAGGAAGUUGAUUUCGAUAUUGCUGUUUUCACUAAUUUGUCAGGGGAUCAAUCGGAUUUUCAAGGGUCGGAAGAAGAAUAUAGGCUUACUCAGGCUAAAUUGUUCUCUAGGAUGGUUGAUCCAGACAGACACAGGAAGAUUGUCAAUAUUGAUGACCCUAAUGCACCCUUCUUUAUUGCACAAGGGAACCCAAAUGUCCCUGUUUUAACUUUCUCCCUUGACAAUAAGGAUGCAGAUGUUCAUCCUUUGAAGUUUGAGCUUUCUCUCUUUGAGACCACAGUUCUAGUCAAUACUCCUCAGGGAAUAUUGGAGAUAUCAUCAGGGCUGCUUGGGAGGCAUAACAUAUAUAAUAUCCUUGCAGCCGUAACUGUAGGGAUUGCAGUGGGGGCUCCUUUGGAAGAUAUUGUGAGGGGUAUUGAAGAAGUGGAUGCAGUUCCAGGGAGAUGUGAGUUAAUAGAUGAAGAACAGGCUUUUGGGGUGAUCGUGGAUCAUGCCUCUACUCCAGAUGCCUUGUCUAGACUUCUUGAUUCGGUAAGGGAGCUCAAACCAAGGAGAAUAAUUACUGUUAUCGGCUCUUGUGGUGAGAAAGAGAGGGGAAAGAGACCCAUGCUGACCAAGAUAGCAACAGAUAAAAGCGACGUGACUAUGCUGACAUCAGAUAAUCCAGGAAAGGAAGAUCCAUUGGAUGUAUUGGACGACAUGUUGACUGGAGUUGGAUGGACAAUGCAAGAUUACCUGAAAUAUGGGGAGAAUGAUUAUUAUCCUCCUCUUUCAAAUGGUCACAGACUCUUCCUGCAUGAUAUUAGGCGUGUUGCCGUCCGUUGUGCUGUUGCGAUGGGUGAGGAAGGUGAUGUGGUGGUAGUUGCUGGCAAGGGCCAGGAACCGUAUCAGAUUGAAGAUGACAAAAAGGAGUUUUUUGAUGAUAGGGAGGAGUGCAGGGAAGCACUACAGUAUGUUGAUGAGCUUCACCAAGCUGGAAUAGACACAAGUGAAUUUCCGUGGCGGUUACCUGAGAGCCAUUGAUUUACGAAUUGUGAUACAAUAUCGAAAAAAUAAAAACAGACUUCUUAGUGGGUUUUUGUGAUGGUGCUUGGAAGUGAGCCUCUUCUGAUGGAGUAAAGCGGUGACAUUAUCAAUGAUAGAUUUCCAUGUUACUCUCUGAAGUUAGAAGGGUUCAAUGAGCAUUCUCAUAUUUUAUAUGGAGCCAAGGCACAGUAUCAAUUUACUGAGGCUGCAGGAUUUUGCUUAUACUUGGACUACGGCAAUGCACUCUGCCGUACAGCAAGGCAUUUUGCCCAAUGCUCUAAUACUUUAGGCAGCCAUAUGGAAACGUCAAUUUUGUAACUGAAUGACUAUAUAGGUGUCUGUUGAUUGUAGAAUGUACAUAUUGUAAUUUAUGCCUGCCUUUGGUGUUGGUCAUCCUCUCUGUAUACUUCAGUGUUUCAAAGUGAAAGUUAUGUGAUCAGAUGCCUCAUUUAGUUGGUCUUAAA